ACCUCACAUUACAUGGCUGGUUACCUAUUGCUAAAACAGAAAGCUCGCAAACUAUGAGCGAAGAACUAGACGAAGAGGUUUUAGACUGUCUUACAGAAGUCGAGAAAUUGUGUACAGUUUUUCAUGGAGCGUCGCAAGAAGAUGUGGCGUACGCAAAGCUUUUCUGGAACUCCCUUUCCCUUCAACCACCGAUAGAGUCCCGUCUCGUUUCUUCCGACAUCAGACAGCGCUUAAAAGUUGCGAAAACGCCAAACACUACAAAUGCUGCUUCAAAUCAAGCGCCAUGGUCAAAGAGGAAUGAGGAAAUCCAACAAGAUGCUUACCUGAGGCAACAGCAAGAAGAGAAACAGAAAUACAUGGAGAUGGCCAAAAAUCGAGACCAGAUUAUCGCCCUUCUGAAAAAGCAGAGGAAUGAACGAAUUAAGAAGGAGAUGAUUUCCUACAAGCACAAAUCAAAAAAAGGAAGCCAAGCUGAAAAAAGAUUGGCUCCUAAGACACUUCCAUCAGAUGUGGAUGAAGACCAGAAAGAAGUUCAGGAGCUCCAGUAAAACACACUGAUAAAGUGAAGUCUUUUUCCAGUUGGCAAUAAAUUAUCCACAAAUUAACUCCAUCUCAGCAAAUACUUUCUUUCAAAGUUCAUAAAUAUGUUCUCCCAGCUGUAGUCAACAAAAGAGAAGUGUCUCGAAAUAGAAGCUGUGGUUUAACAUUUUUUACAAACUGAAAUAGUUUUGUAAUUUUA